AUGCGCCGACAGCCUCGCCCUCCCGUCUCCGGCGCGUCCUUUCCUUCAUCGAGCACACCGGGCCGCAGAGCUAUACUUUCAAGGCGCAGCCGCACUCGCAGUCGCACUCAACACCACGCCGUUGUAAAUCAUAGCCAAAUCCGCGCUCGCACUCGCAACAGCAAUUCCCGGCUGAUAGCGGCCCAGCAACGCCCGUCGGCUUCGUCUUCGGCCCUUUUCCAUUCUGCCUUGUCCUCUCUCAUCGAGUCGACUGCCAAGGAAAGCAGAGACAACAUCAUCAUGGCCACGAAAAGCUGCCCUGUGCCAUGGGCCCGGAUCAAACUCUGGAUCGAGGCCCAGGAGAAGGCAGAGCAGCAAGGCAACAACCCGAAUCCCCCAACAAAGCCACAACUGCAGGCGCUCUCCCAUCUUGUGAGCUUCGUGGAGGGACCUGAGCCGGAUGUCAGUGCCCACGACCACGUGAGCCUUCUCACUCAGCACAUUCAAUUUCAUCACAAGAGGGACGCUUCUUCGCAUCUCCCAACAUUUGAAGAUGUCGGGUUAGAAGUCCCCAUCAAUGGCAAUUUCCAUAUGCGGUGGAGGACAACAUGCUCUCUGCCCUCUGCUAGCCACAUGAUUUUCCCUUGCGAGGGCCAUGGCGUAUCUCAAGGCCAACAGCCACCGUUGUUCGCAACAAAGAAGGCAUCUAAACAAUAUGCUGCCAUGCACGCAUUGGCAUACCUUCGGGCUAUGAGACCACCGCUGCCAACUAUAGUAGCAUCUACAGCAGCACCAGCCCCGGCACCAAGUUCUAAUCGAGUCUCUGGUGGCGUUUCCCUCAAAGCGGCCACUCCUCCCGUGUCGAAAAGCCCAAAGGCAAGUGACAGCUCACUGGCCAUGCCUCCAGGAGACGCUGGCGGUGCGCCUCUAGUACAACCACCACCACCACCACCACCAAGUGCCGAGACAGCGGCCCAGGAGAAGCCUACAGAUGAUCUUCAAGGCGUAUCAGCUAUCGUAGACGGGGAGUUCUACACUGGCGAAGUGCCUUCCCUACUAAAGCAAGUUGCCGAGGACGCAAAACGCCUUAAUUUUGGAGUUCCCAAAUAUGAUAUUGAAGAAGACCCAAACAAGCCAGGGAGUUUUAACGGAAAACCUGUCUUUGUAAAUGGUGGUCGAAUGCCUGAUGAUAUAGGUCAUGUCGAGGGAGCCAUGUCAAAGAGCGUGGCCAGGCAGCAAAUUGCCGAAAAAUUGAACGACUAUUUCACGGCGGAGCUGAAGCGCAGGGACGGCAUCUUCAGGUCCUUUACUGCCACGCCUGUGGAGAAUUCGUCGUCGUAG